AUGGAAAAAGCCAAUAGCCCCUCUCGCGACAUGCCAACGUCGUUAGAAGGAGCAGAAGCAGAGGCAGCGCCCUCAUCGGCUCUGGGAAUUCUGGAUCUGGUCUCUACUAAAGAGAAAUACCACCCAGUUCACUGGCCUGCGUGGAAGAGAUGGCUCAUCGCGACCACCUACUGUCUGCUCCAGACGCUGGUGGCAAUGCUAUCAACUUCAUAUAUCAGUGCCGAGGUCCUUCUGCAGGCCAAGUUCGGGGGAUCAACGCAGGUCGUUGCCUUGGGACAGUCACUAUUCAUUGUUGGUACGGCUGUUGGACCACUCUUCCUCGGCCCACUGAGUGAUAUCGGUGGGAGGAAGUGGGUUUAUGUGGCCAGUAUUUUGGUCUAUUCACUAUGCCAGAUUGGCUGCGCUCUCGCUCUCAACCUGCCUAUGAUGAUUAUCUUCAUGUUUCUUUCCGGCGUGGCAGGCAGUACAGCCUUGUCCAAUGUCGCAGGCACAAUCAGUGAUCUGUUCGGCGCUGCCGACAAUGCUGGUCAGCCCAUGGCUCUGUUUGUCAUGUCUGCCAACACAGGGCCAAGUAUUGGCAGCGUGAUUGGGGAGUGGAUUGCUGUCAAUCCGCGCAUGGGACUGAAUUGGAUUUUCUGGAUCAAUGUUAUCCUUGCUGGUGCAUUUUCUGCGAUUAUGGCCUUUAUACCGGAAACAUUGCCCCGGGUUGUGAUUGCUCGCGCUGUGCGACGUAAUUUCUCACCAGAACAAGGCGAAGCAGCCAAAGACUCGGCAGAAAAAGUCCUUGCGCAGUCGAAAAUCAAUAUUCUAAAGGAAAUACGCUUUGUCACGACAAUGGCCUUUCGCAUCAUGUUCACCGAGCCAAUUGUCACGUUUCUAGGCUUGUUCAAUGGCUUUGCCUACGGCUUGCUAUUCCUGUACCUUGACGGAAUAUUCGACGUUUUCGUCAUGAAUAAUAAUCUUUCGGUCAUUGGGGCGGAUCUCACGUACCUAAACUUUGUCGUCGGCGUCGUCAUUAUGUUCAUCAUCUUUGUUCCUAUCCAGACCGCCCUUUUCGUACGUGAUAGACAGAAGAAUGGAGGUGCCCCACGGCCUGAGGCUCGAUUUCUACUUUCUCUUGUCACCGUCUGGGGAUUCCCAAUCUCUCUCUUCUGGUUCGCUCGCACGUCCAGUGGUAAUGUAUCGUACUGGUCGCCUGUCAUAGCAGGCGGUAUGCUCGGAGUUGUAGAUCCGCUACUAUGGCUAAGUAUGCUGAAUUAUAUCACGGAUACAUACCCUCAUGUCGCUGCGAGUGCCGUGUCAGCGUUUCUCAUCCCGAGCUUCCUCCUUGCAGCGGGAUGUGUUCAUAUCGGCAUCGUUAUGUUUGAUAACUUGAGCACCAAGUGGGCGUUUUCCGUGUUGGGAUUUGUGUCUUUAGGUGUCGUUGCGUUGGUAUAUGUUUUGUACUUCUUUGGCACAGCAUUGCGAAAGAGAUCUAAACUGGCCAGGGCUCCGAAUUGA